UUGGCUUCGUUUGGACCGAACGUGAGCGCUGACGCGCACGGUGAUGUACGGAUGCGCGUUCACGUGUUGCGGUCAUGUGCGCGCGCGCUCUGAACGUCGCUCCGGUGUCGCAGCUUUUAGCCUCCGUCCGUCUCGCGGUUUCGUUCCGGUACGUUUCCCGGAGACGAGAAGAACUCUGCUUAUGAACGGUUUCCGUUGGAAAAACCGUCACCACCGGAUGUCUCGGGGACAAACAGUCCGCCGAACUCAACUUCAGCUCAUCACGAGUCUCCAACUGCUUCCGGUGUCCGGCUGUGACGCGUCAGUCCGCGACGGAGUCUGGAGACAUAUUUUGGACGACCCGCUGUCCUCCUUACCUCCCCCUGGUCCUACUGCCCGCCUGCCUGCCUUCAGCGAGACAGAAGAACCAGAGAAGAAGAAGAGGAAGACGAGGGGCGAUCACUUCAAGCAGCGCUUCAGGAAGAACUUCACCACGCUGCUGGAGGAGGAGAACCUGUCGGAGAGGCCGGAGCCUAAUUACCUGUCUGCGGCGGCGCCUCCCUCCACGCUGCCCCCCCGACACUUUUGCUGCGUUUGUGGCUUCCCCUCCCACUACACCUGCACCACCUGUGGGGGGCGCUACUGCAGCAGCAAGUGUCUGUGUACCCACAGAGAGACCAGGUGUUUGAAGUGGACGCUCUAACUGCCGCCUGGUCACCGUGGCAACUGAUGGGACGUCACUUAGCUUAGCUUAGCAUGUAGGCUGCGUGCAACGUGUUAGCUUGUGGUAUGUGCUACUCUGUAAUAAUUAACUAUACAAUAAAUACAUAGUCACAGGGAUGUUAGCAUAGAAGCUAACCACUUCAUAAACACACACGUCAAAUAUUCUUCUGUAAAUAACAAAUGUUUCUUAUUUUCAUGUUUUAUUAAAUAAAAUAAAACCAGACUGUGUUUUUCUUUUCCACAAACGCAAUAAGUUAUUUUAAUAAAUUGUUUUGUUGAACUUAAACAUUUGAACAAAUUUGAAGUCUAAAAAUAUAACUGAAUAAAAUGACCUUGUAUCACACUAAUCAAUACUAAAUACUACCUGUAUCACACUCAUUAAUAUUAAAUACAUUACUGAACACAAACAUGUUUCAUUUGACACAUAUUUCCUCACAUGAGUACAGUGAGAGAAAGUAAGUAUUCGUGUAUUAUUACUUUAUACACGCUGACAUGUGAUCAGAUGUAGAAUUAACAUUGAUCACAGGAAGUGAAUGUGAGGGGUAAAAGUCCAUUUCUCUCCUUCCUGGUAACCAUGGCAACACUGUCAUUAAAAACGUCAAUAAUUAA